UUGCGAUGGGAGAGCGCCGCUGUCGUUGCAGGGGAGGGGGCGCAGAGGAGACCUUGCACUGAAGCGUAAACCAUGCGCCCUUCGUGAGAACGGAACGGACGAGGAAAGGGGGGUCUGCGCCCUUCCUUCCUAACUGGGGAAAGGGGGGAGUCUCUUUGCAAGGAGGAGGAAGAGGCGCUUUGGUCGUCCAGGCCUUUUUGGAGGCGUUUAUCCACUCGGGCAGUCGAGGGGUGCGAGAGUUAACGGAGGAAGUCUGUGCUUUGCUUGAAGGCCCAUAUGGCUGUGUAUGAUGAAGACCUCCUGAAGAAUCCUUUUUAUCUAGCUCUUCAGAAACGGCGCCCUGAUCUCGGCAGGAAAGUGGCUGAAGUGCAUGGAAUUGUCCUAGUACCAUGCAGAGGAAGCCUUUCGAGCAGCAUCCUCUCCACUUGCCAGUUUGACUCUUAUGUUCUCAAACCUGUGGAAGAAAACUUCCAAACUUUAAAUGGAAAGGAAAUCUUCAUACAAGGAAACUUGAUUGUACUUGGGACUGGCUUUAAUCAUCGUCGCUCAGUACCUGUUCUCUUUGAGGAAACAUUCUACAACGAGCAAGAGGAGAGCUUUAGCAUCCUAUGCAUAGCACAUUCUUUAGAAAAAAAUGAAAGCGUAGAAGAAUCCUUGACGCCAUCAAAUUCCUAUUCCCUGAAAACUAUUGAAGAUGUGAAGGAGUUCUUGGGAAGGCAUACUGAGAAGUUUGACAAAGCAAUUGCAUCUUUCCACAGGACUUUCAAGGAGCAUGACAGGAAAUGUCUGCGGCACUACAUAGAUUCUUUGAAUGCACUCUACACCAAAUGCAUCCAGCAGUUACUGAGAGACUCCCACCUUAGGAUGCUUGCAAAGCAGGAGCAUCAGAUGAAUCUGAUGAAACAAGCUGUGGAAAUGUAUGUCCACCAUGCUCUUUAUGACCUGAUCUUUAAAUACGUGGGAACCAUUGAGGCGAGCGAGGAUGCAGCUUUCAACAAAAUUACAAGAAGUUUGCAGGAUUUGCAGCAGAAAGAUCUUGGCGUCAAGCCUGAAUUCAGCUUCAACAUACCACGUGCCAAGCGAGAAUUGGGCCAGCUGAAUAAGUGUACCUCUCCACAACAGAAGCUCCUCUGUCUACGAAAAGUGGUGCAAAUCAUAAUGCAGUCUCCAAGUCAAAGAGUUAACAUGGAGACCAUGUGUGCAGAUGACCUCCUCUCAGUUUUGCUGUAUUUACUUGUAAAAACCGAGAUUCCAAACUGGAUGGCCAACUUGAGCUACAUCAAGAACUUCAGGUUUUGCAGCUCUGCAAAGGAUGAGCUGGGGUACUGUCUGACCUCUGUGGAGGCUGCAAUAGAAUAUAUCCGUCAAGGAAAUCUUUCUGACAGGCCAGCGGGCUCUGAAGGGUUUAGUGAGAAGCUGUUCUUAAGACAAAGAAUGAAUUUGCUCUCUCAGAUGUCCACGACGCCAAUAGACUGCUUGUUUCAGCAUGUUGCUUCGGGCAACCAGGAUGAAGUAGAGCGUUUACUAAGCCAAGGGGACAGCGAUAAGGACACCGUGCAAAAAAUGUGCCAUCCGCUCUGUUUUUGCGACAAAUGUGAAAAACUGGUUUCUGGGAAGCUGAAUGAUCCGUCCAUUGUCACACCUUUUUCUAGAGAUGACCGGGGAUUCACUCCCCUUCAUAUAGCUGCUAUAUGUGGGCAAGCGUCGUUAAUUGACUUGUUGGUCUCCAAAGGAGCCGUUGUCAAUGCUACGGAUUACCACGGAUCAACGCCGCUUCACCUUGCCUGCCAGAAAGGAUAUCAGAAUGUUACUCUUCUUUUGCUGCACUAUAAGGCCAGCACUGAAAUUCAAGACAACAACGGCAACACACCACUGCAUUUAGCUUGUACUUAUGGCCAUGAAGAUUGUGUCAAGGCUUUAGUCUACUACGAUGUUCAUUCUUGUAAAUUAGAUAUUGGUAAUGAAAAAGGAGACACCCCCCUUCAUAUAGCUGCUCGCUGGGGCUACCAAGGGAUCAUAGAAGUGCUAUUGCAGAAUGGAGCCAACCCAGAUAUUCAGAACCGAAUGAAAGAGACUGCUGUGCAAUGUGCAUUAAAUUCUACGAUUUUGUCUUUAAUGGAGCUGAACUACCUAAGGUUUGAAAGAAGGCAGAGUGCUUCUCAGUCACUAACCAGAUCGGAGGACACAGUCAGCCAAGUGUCAUCUGGGUCCAGUUUAUCUUCAGCUGCCACAGCGUCCAUCACUAGACAAGAUGGAACAAAAGCUUAUUAUAAAGAGGUAGAAAAACUCCUACGAGCAAUUGCUGAUGGAGACCUUGAAAUGGUGCGUUAUCUUUUGGAAUGGGUGGAGGAUGAUUUGGAAGAAUCUGAGGAAACCAGCAGUGUGGCGAAACAGGAAUUCUGUCAUCCUUUGUGCCAGUGUCCCAGAUGUGGCCCUGUGCAAAAGGAACUGUUCAGGGUGCCCGCUAAUGGCCUUGGCGUGAACGCGACUAAUCACGAUGGCUUGACGCCACUGCAUGUGGCUGCCCUCCACGGGCGUGCUGACUUGGUCUCCCUCUUGCUGAAGCAUGGAGCUGAUAUUGGGGCCAAAAAUACAAAUCGCGCAGCACCCCUUCACCUAGCCUGCCAGAACGGUCACUUCCAGGUAGUGAAGUGCCUGAUGGAGUUCAAAGCUAAACAAAAUAAAAAGGACGUUCAUGGAAACACUCCCUUAAUUUAUGCUUGCUUGAAUGGUGAUCAAGAGAUAGCAGACUUUUUGCUACAGCAUGGUGCUUCAGUGAACCUUUCCAAUAACCAGGGCAACACAGCCCUCCACAAAGCUGUGAUGGGAAACCAUGAAGCUCUGGUGCAGCUGCUCAUGCAGUACAGAGCAUCGACGUGCAUUAGGAACGACCAACAGCGGACUCCCCUUGACUACGCUGAACCGAAUUCAGGUAUCUUCAGGCUCUUACAAGCCGUCUCAAUGUCAGAAGAGAGAAGUCAGACAGACUGUGAAGCUCCCACGGCUGUGAAGAUCCGGGAAAAAAUCAGCCAUAAGCCUCCUGAGAUAGCGGAUGAUCUCCUUGCCUGGCGACUUCAGCUGGUCCAGUCAAUCAGCCAGUUUAACAAAUCAAAAUAUUUGCGGAAAACCGUAACACGAGAUAAAAGCGUUCCUAACUUCGACGAUGAGUUACUGCACCAGUUAGCCAUUAAGAGUUUUGAUAAGAGCAAACUGAAGCCAGUGGACAUUUUGAAACAAAGCAGAGCUCAGAUACUUGAGGCGGGCAGCAGAAGUGAACCUGCAAGAGAUGAAAACGACUCAGACGUGGCAGCAAGUCCACCUCUUAGAAGCAAGCUCAUGCAACGCAGACACACUGUCAACGUGGCCCUUUCAGCCACAGAUGUCAACAGCAUCUCCGAUAUAUCCGUCUCUGGAGAGCCAGGUGUUACCUCAUUAGAAGCUUGCUCCAAUGAUGAACUGGUGUCGAAACGCUGAUGAGAAAGCAAGUUUGCUGCCGAAAACUAGAAGAAUCAGGUGGUGUUGGGUUUCCUUCCAAUAUGAAAGAACCAAAGGAUACUUACGAGCGUUAAAACUGGAACAGAAGUUUCAGUUUUCAGUAAGUGGAGAAUCUUUCUUCUCUGCAUCCCCCAAAUUUUAGAGAUUGAGGUCACAGAAUCCAGUCUGGACGAUACAGCUUUAACUCAAACUGAGGGGGUAAAACGUUGAGACGCAUUUCUGUAUUCUUACACUUUAAACUGGUUUUAAUGGACAGGGGAGUUCUGUGGGACUUCCAAAAAUUCUAAUGUGAAGAGUCACCAAUAUACUGUUUCUUUUUUAUUGUUUUUGUGCCGCUGAAAUUGAUCUGAAGGAAUCGCUGCACUCCAGUAUGAGGAGGAUUUGUAGGUAUAUCAUAUGCCAGGCAAGAUUGCACAUUUCUCUGGUAGCUCUCACCAAUUUAAGUGGAAGGAGUUUUAUAUGUCGGUAGCAAGGGGAGACGGGGGAGCUGAAAGUACCUGCUUUUAACAAAGGUACAUUCUGUCUUAAGGAGUGUGGGACUUGGAACAAGAGUAUGCUUUUAUCGUGCUAAGCACGGAUAAAAAUGAACAGAUUCUUAAAUCCUCAUUCUGAGGCUACAGCCUGACUCUGUUGAAUUUAAAAUGGCAAAUUUACAACGCACAGGAAUGCAUUUCCAUUAAAUUAAAUGAGUCUACUCAAAAGGGAGUACCUCUGUCAUAUGGGAUUUUAUAGAAGUGGUUUAGAUGGCCUUACUUUACACUUCCAGAAAUCUCAGUGUCAGCUUUAGUAAACAUUCCAUCCUCAAAAAAAAAUUAUUUUCAAAACAAGAGUUGAAUAGUAACUUGAACAGCACAGUAACUUUACUCAGUUCACACUUUGCUUGUAUGUAAUAUUUAUAUACAAAGCCUUUUUUCUGUUAUUUUAAUGUGAUUGAUAACCUGUUUUGGCUUGUCGUAAUUUCUCUGUACAGAGCUUCAAGUGUAGACUGUUAAAAAGAUAGAAUUCUAGUAUGUUCCAGAAGGAGAACAAGUAUAUAUUUUUCUACUAAGUGCUUUGAGUUCCUCUAAUUUUAUGUGCCUUGGACUUGUGCCAAAUGAUGGGAGAAAUAGUAAAAUUAACAAAUCUAUAUCCUGUUAUGAUGUGGAACUUUUUUAUUUGUGUCAUGUCAAUUUUCA